AUGAGCCUCUUGAAUUCAAUCCAACCACCGCCAGCUGGUCCGUUGAAUCAAGCUGGCUCUUCGUCGUGGAAAAGAAAAGGAUCAGAUGAUGAAAAUGAAGAUCAUGAUUCAAAUGUUAAAAAACCAAGAUAUUCUUGGUACGUUACAUUGGAGAACGAAUCACCACUAGGAACUGAUGAAAGUGAUACUGAAUCUAUGUACAGUGUACAAGAUCAAGAGACUGAUACCUCUACUACAUGGAUCAGUACCUCCAAUGAUAACGCAAACAUAGCAGUUGAAGUUGAAUUUGAAUUAGCAGCAUCUGAAACUGAAUCUGAUAACCCAUACUAUGAUCGAAUAUCAUCAUCUGAUCCCGAGGAUGUAUCUGCAGUUGAAGUCAUGUUAUCUCGGAAUAGCUUAAGUAGCUCAAUCUCUGACUAUUCCGAAGAAACUGAUGAGUCAAUCGCGUCUGUUGACAGUGACUUUGGCCGUCUUUAUUUCUAUCGAUGCAUACAGUGCCGUGAGGAAAAAGCAAAUCCUCAAUUCACGCACUGUGAAAAAUGUUUCCAACUCAAAAAAAAUUUCUUUCCACCACGACCGAAACGGAAACGACGUAAGAAAAAAUUAGACGGUUUGAAAAGCACUGAGGAGAGCGGUGAAUCAUCGUCAGUGGCAACGUCUUCCCAUGUACAGUCAAUUACCCAUUUUGACUCGGGUUUGGGAAUGAGUCAAAGCGAUUCCGCAAACGGGAGUCAAUGCGAGUCAAUAAUCGCUAGUAAUGAUUCGACUAUCGGUAGCCAAAGUCAAUAUGACUCGGCGAUCGGUAGUCAAAGUCAAAGUGAUUCGGCUUCAUUUAUUGACAGCCAGCAAUCAGUUUCUGAAGUAGAUAACGAUAAUCAAAUCUCAUCAGACUUAUUGUUUAACGUCGAUACAGUUGAUUACAAUAAAUCUUCAACUUCCGUAUGGCUAAAAUCUUACUCACCAAAUAAUUGUUACAAAAGUAGUAGCAGUGAGAUCAGUAUAAUUGAUGACGGUAAAAAAAACGAUAAGUCUGAUGAUACCGAUAGCAAGCUAUGUCAUGUUUGCACAGUUAAACCAAAAGACGGAGCUUUUGUACAUGGAAAAAUUUUGCAUAUAUACAGCUGUUAUACUUGUGCGAUUAAAACUUGGAAGCGCACUAGGCGUUGUCCAAUUUGUCAGCGUCAAGUUAAAAAUGUAUCAAAGCUCAUUUUUUCUUGA